AUGGCGGAUAUCAAGAAGAUCUUCACUGCGAAUGCUUGCCCGCCUGCUGGGCCUUAUUCCCAGGCCGUUGUCGCAGGCUCCCAGAUCUUCGUCUCAGGCCAGAUCCCAGCGAACAACAAGGGCGAGUUGAUCGAGGGCAGCAUCGCGGAUAAGACUCAGCAAUGCUGUGAGAACAUCAAGGGCAUUCUCGCUGAGGCUGGUGUAGGCCUGGACAGGGUCGUCAAGGUCAACGUCUUCCUCGACGACAUGGCGCACUUCGCUGAGAUGAACGGCGUCUUCGAGAAGUACUUUGCGCACAAGCCCGCGCGGAGCUGUGUCGCGGUCAAGCAGCUGCCCAAGGGCGUGCCAGUUGAAGUCGAGUGCAUUGCCUACUCUGGUACGAGCUCGAAGCUUUGA